ACCAAAUGCCCCCUUAAUUGUAUUUCAAAAAUAUCAAAGUGAUUGAUAAAAGUUUUUUUAUUUUUUAUUAUUUAAUUGCAAAUUUGUCAUAAUUCACACAUUUUGUUUAAUUAGGUGAUAAUCCGAGGCUUGCUCACCUUAUAAAGACAUAAACUCAUAUUAAACGUCCAGGCCACUGCACCAAAAUCAUCCUUAAAAAAAUUUAAAAUUUGAAAAAUUGUUGGACAACGUAUAAUUGGAGCCAACCCUGUCUAUAUAGCACACAGAAACAAAUCGACCCAACCCACUCCUCACUACUCAUACGUCAAUAAUAACACUUGGAACAAUUCACUUAUUCUCGGCUGCAUUUCAUCACCAUAUUGUUACAAUCUAUUAACAUUAUGUUUAUUUCAUAUUUCUAUUAGAUCUACGUUUCAUCCGAUAUUCUCUCUAAAUUCUACCAAGUUUUCUGGCAAUUUUAUAGAGCAUUUGUUAAACAAAAUCUUCAUUAAUGGCGGAAAAUUCUUCAUAAUUUGAAUGUAUUUAACAAUUUUGCGAAACAAAAUCAACGUAAAUGGGAGGCAUUAAACCUCACAAGUUUAGUAAUGGAGUUUCUGCUCGAUGCGUCACUUUCUUCUGCAUCGCUAGCUUCUUAUGCGGCGUUCUUGUCGUCAACAGGCUUGUACCUCUUUUUGUGUUUGAGAGUUUGAAAAAGCUUGCACCGCUUUUGGGAUCAGGCUGUCUAAGGAAAGCACAUGAAACUCCCUUGUCAAUCAGCCCAAUUGUGUUCGCUCGUAUUUUCUUGUUGGUACUAUCUUUAAUGCUGUAGAACUUUGGGUCUGUCUCUGUCCAAGGAGUCACCUGAGUAGACAGACUAGUAUGGUCCUAGCCCUCCUAGGCCAUUGUCCAUGAUAUCCUUUGACCACAUAUAAAUUAUAGACUUGUCAGCUGACUUUGUAUCUCCAGCUAUUUUCUUCAAAUGUCUGCUGACUUAUCCAUAGGUUCCAGGCAAUUCCUGAAUCAGUAACAGUGGAAAGCAGGUCUUUGCUGCCAAAGCAGAAUGAGAUACAAAAUCAACCGCUAAUAAACUGUGAGAACAAGGCAAGUUGAAUUGAUGACAUGAACACUGCAUUUUCUCCAACCUUUUUGUAUGUGUGUGUGUGUAACUUUACCUUUGCACAUAAAGGAACAGGAAGCAUCUUUACAAGCCAGGGAUAUCUUUUCUCAAGUUUCUCAUACGCACAACGUAAUCAUGAAACUGGACAAGUCCAUGUCCUCUUUAGAGAUGCAGCUGGCUGCAGCAAGAGCUUCCAAAGUUCACGAUGAAGUGUCAACUCCAACCACUACAACAAAAGGAAUUGAGCAACAAAAGCACCGUCCCAAGAUUUUCUUUUUUAUGGGAAUUAUGACUGCAUUUAGCAGCAGAAAACGCAGGAAUUCAAUAAGAGAAACCUGGAUGCCGCAAGGUGAGCGGUUAAAAAAGUUGGAAAAAGAGAACGGUAUUGUCGUGCGAUUUGUUAUAGGACACAGUUCUAGCCCUGGUGGAGUUCUAGAUCGGGUCCUUGACGUAGAAGAAGCUCAAUAUAAAGAUUUUUUUCGAUUGGACCAUGCAGAAGGAUAUCAUGAAUUGUCCUCAAAAACUAAAAUUUACUUUUCAACAGCUGUUGCAAAGUGGGAUGCUGACUUCUACGUUAAAGUCGAUGAUGAUGUGCAUGUAAAUCUUGGUUUGGUGGUUUCUGCACUUGUGCGCCAGAGGUUAAAGCCCCAUGUUUACAUAGGCUGUAUGAAGUCUGGAUUUGUCCUGUCCCAAAAGGGGGUCAAGUACCAUGAACCAGAGUUCUGGAAGUUUGGCGAAGAAGGGAACAAAUAUUUCAGACACGCCUCAGGCCAAAUAUAUGCAAUUUCAAAAGACUUAGCCACCUAUAUUUCAGUAAAUAAGGAUGUACUACACAGAUAUGCCAAUGAGGAUGUGUCACUUGGUUCUUGGCUGAUCGGUCUUGAUGUCAAUCAUAUUGAUGAUAGAAGCCUCUGCUGUGGAACCCCUCUUGAUUGUGAAUGGAAGGCACAGGCAGGAAACCCUUGCGCUGCAUCAUUUGACUGGAGAUGCAGUGGCCUAUGUAGAUCAGUUGAGAGAAUGGAGGAAAUUCACCAACGGUGUGGAGAAGGUGAUGGAGCUAUAUGGCAUGCUAGUUUCUGAAGCCGGUGUUCAUACUCAUUUUUGCCGGGGUGGUGGACAGGGUGUGAUAGUUUUCUCCCUGGUUUUUGUCUGCUAAGCAAACUAUCAUCUGCCCAAUUUUUUGUAUGGCCAAUUGGUUGUCUGGUAUUGGCUCAACUGUAUCAUUCAAUUUAUUGGUCUGCUAUCAGUUCUUGUGUCAUAGUCUAACGAAUAUAGAUAGAUCAAUGAAAGAUGUGAGCUUUGAGUAUUC